AAUGUCUCUUAAAGUAUCUUUCAAAAACUCUUUAAAAUUGAGCUCUGCGGUUGUUGAACCAGAGUUAGAUAUGCAUAGUAUUGUAAAGGAUCAAGGAGGUAAAACUAAACAAAUUUUUAGGAUGCUAAUGGUACUGUUUGCACCUGUUACUGUCCUCCUUAUAAUGUGCGGAUUACAAUUGAAGGCCAGUGUAAAUCAAAAGAGAGAGAUUUCAUCAGGUUUUAGCAAAAUGAAAGAUGCUCUUCUAGCUGCCAAAUUCGCUGUUAACUGUAGAGAAGAAGGAUUACUGGCCGGUAUAUUAUUAAGUGAAUUUCAUUCAGAGAGAUCGUCUUUCUACUCUAUAUUUAAUAACUACACUGAAAAGACAGAUGGAGCUUUAAAUGAAUUUUAUAAUUAUGGUUUACUUAGAGUGGAAGCAGAUACAAUUUUAGCUACUUUAUCAGAAAUUAAAGAUCAUUUAAAGCAAAUGAGAUCUCACAUAAAAGACUUUGGGGAUUCGGGACCGGAAAAUAGCAACUUUGAAAAGGUUUUGACUCUGUAUUAUACAUUUCAUAAAAGCAUUAUGGACAGUGGGGCUUUUCAUCUGGUGUUGCCUUCAAAAGAGGACAUUUGGAGCAAAAUGGUUGCUUUUAUGGCUCUUGAAAGAGCAGCAUCAGCUAUUCAAUUAAAGAUGUCUCUUGGAUUUACGUAUUUUCUACCCUGUUCAAUAGAAAUGAUGCGAAAACAUUGGUACAUAUCGGAAUCAGCUACUGGAGAGACUUACCUAAAUUUAGCUAGUGUCUCAUACGAGGAAGUGUCGAUAUUAUUAAAAACUUUACCAAUGGAGGCUAGAGAAUCAAUAAUGAAAAUGUCAAUGGCAGUAGAGCAUAGUCAUCAUUUGGAAAUGUGCAAAAUGUCAUCUAUAAAUAUGAGAGAAAUGAACCGAAAAUAUUGGUAUUCCAACAUGUCCAUAUUUAUUUCAAAUAUCGAUCUAACAAGGCAAAAAGUAGGCGAUGCUAUUCUAGGAUCACUAGAAAUACUGGAUGAAGAAGCUUCUAAUUCGUUAAAACUUAAUAUAGGAAUAAUGAUUGCAGUUACGACAGCUUGUGUUAUUCUAUCCUUAUGGUACGUCUCCUGCGUUAGCUCUAUGACAACUAAGGUGGUACGAUACGCCCUUCACGUUUCAAAGAAAACUCACGAAGUCGAGGAGGAGAAGAAUAGAGCCGAUAAAUUAUUGUAUCAAAUGUUACCAAAGUCUGUUGCUGAACUUUUAAAGCAGCAAAGAAAAGUACACGCUGAAUUUUACGAUUGCGUUAGCAUUUAUUUCAGCGAUAUUGUCUCAUUUACAACUUUAAGCGCUAAAAGUUCACCAAAUGAAAUUAUUGAUCUAUUAAAUUCAUUGUACGGCUUAUUCGAUUCUUGCAUCGAUUCGUUCAAUGUCUAUAAAGUUGAAACAAUUGGUGAUGCUUAUAUGGUCGUUAGUGGAAUACCAAAAAAAAUUGAGCAUCACGCAGUAGAAAUUGCAAAUAUGGCUUUAAAACUAUUAAAGUCUGUAGAAAAUUUCUCAAUUCCUCAUUUGCCUGAUGAAACUCUAAAACUAAGAAUUGGAUUACAUAGUGGACCAUGUGCAGCAGGGGUUGUUGGAAACAAGAUGCCUAGAUACUGUCUAUUUGGUGAUACUGUAAAUACAGCAUCAAGAAUGGAAAGUAGCGGGGAACCGUUGAAGGUUCAUAUUAGCCAGUCGACUUAUAGCCUUUUAAGGCCUACUGGAAAUUUCCAAAUGGUCUAUAGAGGACUUAUCCCAAUUAAGGGUAAAGGAGAUAUGAAAACCUAUUGGCUUCAUGAGAAAACUGCUUGA